UACGACCCCCUCGACCACCUAAACACAAAAAUGAUACAAGACGCCUACAUCCUGCAAGCCAGAAGCGAGAAUAGUCCUUAAAAUUACAACCCAGGGAACAUCCAACAAGAUCCACCCCCGAUAAGAGAAUAUUUCCACAAAGAUAUCUUCCUAAACCCCCUCGCCAUUCAAAUUACCUCAACAGCCCUAGGCCCCCGUCCUAAGUGGACCUUCUGCUCAGGUAACACCGCCAUGCCACCAACCAGUACCUGUCCCCCCACAUCGCAGCCCGUACACACCGACGCGGAUUUCGAUCAUCCAUCGCAUCCAUUCGCCUACGUUAUUAACGUCCCUUUGGUUACUAUGACGCCCGAAAACGGAUCCACAGAGAUCUGGCUCGGCACGCACGUGGACUCGGGUCUGCAUGUGCAGGAGGGAGCGCAUGGCACUGAUCGAGCUAGUGGGCGGAUCAAGGUACAGGAGGUGGAGAGACGUCGCACUGUGGGAAUGCCCUGUCAGCCUGUUGUACCGAAGGGGGCGUUGGUGAUUCGGGAUUUGAGGCUUUGGCAUGCGGGAAUGGGGAAUCGGACGGGAGAUGUGAGGGUUAUGUUGGCUAUGAUUCAUUUCGCGCCGUGGUAUCGGAAUAGGAUGAGAUUGGAGCUUGCGGAGGAGUUGAGGCCCGCGGUGGAGAGGGAGACGAGCUUGGAGGUUCCAGUUGAUUGGAUGUCGGAAGAGCAGGCGUUGGAAAGGUAUCUGAAUCGGGGAUUUGGGAAUGAGUAUGAUUUUAGUCAGGAGGUGUAGGAAUAAGAAGCGGCUUGCGAUGGGUAGAUAUUGUCGCGCUCUGAUAAGAGUGGCAGUAGCAUUUGAUAAGGGUGGAAAUAUGGUGUGUUCAUG